AACUGGUCAUCAAUGCGAAUUUACUGGCACUGCUAAAAAACGUGGUCCUAGAAAUGGUACCGUCGAGGUGAUCAAAAGUUCGGCUAGUAGAAUUGAGAAUGUUUUGGAAAAAAAUCCAAGUUUACGACCUCAAAUCGAACAAAUGAUGAAACAUAGCUCCUCGGUCCGUUCGUCGAGAUCCCCUUAUGAUGUAUCCCUUAACCCCAUAAUGAUGGAUGCUUCUCGAUCUCAUGCUAUUCAUAAUACCUCUCGAACUUUUCCGUAUCCUGCGCCAAGAGGUCAUUAUUCACAACGAAAACAUGAUGAUAAUUCUAUUGAAUUACAGUCCCCUCAUGAGAUCAGACAGGAAGUCGUGCGACCUGUGCCGAAGUAUCCCUUAAACAUGAGAAAUCAUGUGACUAACGGAAUUUCAGAUCAAUUCUCCGCAAAUUCAAAUUCGUCGCAUAAUAUCAAUACUGUUGCCAUUCCACAAUCAUUACCACCGAUCACCACAUUAGAAACUUCCCCGCUUGUGGAGUGCUCUUCUGCACAAUUAAAUGCUCCACUUAAACCCAGAUUGCUGUUAACCGGCACACUAUCCGACGUGCCACGACCUCGACAGACAAAUGCAAGUCCAUUACCACCUUUGUUGCAAUCAUUGGGCGAAGAUUCUAUGAAAUUACCAAUUCCUUGGAUGGCACAACAGCCGAAAAAAUCCAUGUCAAUGCCGAUUCUUGGAAAUUCUGCCGGUAUCCAUUUAUUACUUUCUCCUGCGCCAGAUUUGGGGAAUCCUCUCGAUAAUAAUCGUCAUUUGGUUCAAAUGAACCCUCAAUUUUCUACUGACU